AUAGAGGGGCAGAAGACCUGUAAGGAAAACUCUCUGUGAAUCCAUCUUCUCUCCUGCGCGUCAAUAAUUCACCUUGACUGUGACAUAACGGAAAGCUUUUUAAACUUUCUCCAUGAUUGUUUGAGUCGGGCUUACACGGACCUGUGGAGCUUUCACUGCUUGUUGAAGGGCUGUCAACACAAUGGGACGCCUGUGUCUGCUCCUGGUUGUCACUCUCUCUCUACUCACCUGCCAGGUUUUGUGCUCCGGAGUCUUUGAGCUGAAGCUGCAGGAGUUUCUUAACAAGAAAGGGGUGACGGGGAACGCCAACUGCUGCCCGGGAGGCUCGGCUCAUCCGCAGGGCCACCAGCAGUGCGAAUGCAAGACUUUCUUUCGGAUCUGUCUGAAGCAUUACCAGGCCAGCGUCUCCCCCGAGCCCCCCUGUACCUACGGCGGGGCUGUGACUCCCGUCCUGGGCUCCAACUCCUUCCAGGUGCCGGAGACCAACGCGGAAAGCUUCACCAACCCAGUCCGCUUUAACUUCGGCUUCACAUGGCCGGGGACGUUUUCACUGAUCAUUGAAGCUCUGCACACUGACUCCCUGGACGACCUGACAACAGACAAUCCAGAGCGUCUGAUCAGUAGGAUCACCACUCAGCGUCACCUGACUGUGGGAGAAGAAUGGUCCAAGGACAUGCAGACGGCUGGCAGGACGGAGCUGCGUUACUCCUACCGCUUCCUGUGUGACGAGCACUAUUACGGAGAUGGAUGCUCUGUCUUCUGUCGGCCCCGAGACGAUGCCUUCGGACACUUUACCUGCGGCGAGCGUGGAGAGAUCAUAUGCAACUCUGGCUGGAAGGGACAGUACUGCACUGAACCAAUCUGUCUUCCUGGCUGUGAUGAAGAACACGGCUUCUGUGAUAAACCCGGAGAGUGCAAGUGUCGUGUGGGCUUUAGUGGGCGUUACUGUGAUGACUGUAUCCGUUACCCAGGAUGCCUCCAUGGCACCUGCCAACAACCCUGGCAGUGUAACUGCCAGGAGGGAUGGGGCGGGCUCUUCUGCAACCAGGAUCUGAACUACUGUACACACCAUAAACCCUGUCUUAAUGGAGCCACCUGCACCAACACCGGCCAGGGCAGCUACACUUGCUCCUGUCUACCUGGAUAUACAGGUGCCAGCUGUGAGAUCCAGGUCAAUGAAUGCUCUGGAAACCCUUGUCGCAACGGAGGCAGCUGCAUUGACGAUGAAAACGGCUAUAAGUGCACCUGCCCACCUGGUUUCUAUGGCAACAACUGUGAGUUGAGUGCCAACACUUGUGCAGAUGGGCCUUGCUUCAAUGGCGGCCAUUGUGUCGACAACCCUGACGGUGGCUACUUCUGUCAGUGCCCGAUGGGAUACGCUGGCUUCAACUGCGAGAAGAAAAUCGACCACUGCUCCUCCAACCCCUGUUUAAAUGGCGCAGAAUGUGUGGAUCUGGUGAACUCCUACCUCUGUCAGUGUCCCACUGGAUUUUCAGGUCAGAACUGUGAGGACAGCAGCAGCAUCUCUGGAUACUGUCUGUCCUUCCCUUGUCAGAACGGCGGGACGUGUCAGGAGGGAGCAAACAGCUACACCUGCACCUGCCCUCCAGGUUAUACAGGCAAAAACUGCAGCUCCCCCAUCUCCCGCUGCUCUCACAACCCCUGCCACAAUGGAGCCACCUGCCAUGAGCGUGGCGGCCGCUAUGUGUGCGCCUGUGUGCCUGGCUACGGCGGUCGCAACUGCCAGUUCCUCUUGCCAGAGGUCCCCAGGGGUCAGCCAGUGGUGGAUGGACCGGACAGGCGAUAUUCUUACCCAGACAGUGAAAUUGUUGAAGAUGAGGAAGAUGAUGAUAGCGGAUUCCCCUGGACGGCUGUGUGCGCCGGUGUCUUCCUUGUUCUUGUGAUCCUGAUCGGCUGCUCCGUGCUGGUGGUCUACGUUCGGGUCAAACUGCAGGAGCGGCACAGUCACCAUGGUGACAGCGUCCAUAGUGACAGCCAUGAGACGAUGAAUAACCUGACGACCACCAACAAUUGUCUCCGCAGCGACAAGGAGCUGGGCGCUAUGAUGACUACGUCAAUUAAAAACACCAAUAAGAAAGCGGAUUACCAUUCGGAGCUCGCUGGGUCACUGGGUGGUCUGAGUGGGAUCAGUGGGCUCAAUGGACUCAGCGGAUCAGAAAAGAACGGCUUUAAGACUCGCUACCCCAGCGUGGAGUAUAACCUGGUCCAUGAGCUGCGGCCAGAGGAGCUGUCACUGUGUAAAGAGGAGGAGCACGACGAGCCAGAGGUUAAAUGUGAAAUGCCGGAUGAGUCUGACACAGAGGAAAGAUACAGGAAGAGACAAAACAGUGACGCAUCAGAAAAGCAACAAGUAGAAGAGUCACCAAGCUGCAGCGAAGCAAAGUACCAGUCAUCCAGCGAGUUGAACUAUCACGCAGCGAGUGAUCUCAAAUACCAGUCAACCAGUGAUGCUGAAUACCACUGUCCCAGUGACAGCAGGUACCAGAGUACCACCGACACCAAAUACCAGUCCGUCUACGUCAUAUCGGACCAGAAAGAUGAGUGCAUCAUCGCCACAGAGGUAUGAUACCAGUCCAGACCAGAUCAGACCAGUUUCCUCUGGUUGAUGGUGGUCCCCACCAGCCCUGAGCAGUAGAGCUCAGCUUGUCUCCGGGAGGUUUUACUCCUGCUGUUUGCUGCUGUUCCCUGGGAUUUACCGGAGGACUUUGAGCCAAGGUGCUACUGAGCCAGCGCAGAGUCAGUACCCUCUUGGCACGGACUUAGUACUACAAUAGUACUACGGGUGAAUACUGGACAUUUUUGACCUUCGAUGGAUGUAGGUCUAAUGCUGACUCCAGUACCAGAAGACUUAGUACUAGCACUCGCACUAGUACAAAACUUUGUACAGAAACAGUGCUGAACAAGUACUCAUGCAGUCAAAUGAUGAUUGCUCCAGAUGCUCAUGUCUGUCAGCUGAACAACAGAAAGACUUACUGCUCGCACCAGGAUGGAUUCAAAUCCUUUGAACUCUUCUCUCCUGAUAAACAACGGAGUAUUGACAGAUGAUAUUGUAGUACCAUGGAGUACUGAUUGAAUGAACAGUGUAGUACCUUUGGAGUACUGAGAACUUUUCAAGUACUGUUGUAGUACUGUUAUGUGCUGUGGUUUUACAAUGCAGUGUAAAAGCUGUCUUAGGUAUUGGACAGUUCAUGUUCUGCGCAGUGCUGCAGAGUAAAGGAUGAAGCAACUGUAGAAGUCCUCAAAUCUCAAUUCGAGCUUUCCCAACAAAACAAGAAAAUUAAAAAAAAACAAAAAAAAAAACAGUUGGACAGCAGCUAUACAUCUUUAACUCUGCAGCACUGACAGAGACAGUUUUGGCUGAGCUGGUUCUCAGCAGAAAUAAGAGAACUGAAGACUCCAGUAGUGACUGCAGAUCGAUCCAACAUGGAUCCUGUUGGGCCAUACUGGCCCCUGACCCCUGAAGGUUGUGAUACACAGGGCAAUGUUUUGGGCAGGCCGACUUGGGAAACAUUCAACAUUAGAGAGCAAACAACAGGGAAGUUAGUGAAACUAAUCAAACACAAUGUAAGGGAAGUGUAAUUAUGAAUUUAUCAGUCAUUUUAGGUUCAUUUUUCGGCUGCUUAUCCAAUUACAGACUUUCCUGAAUUCAUUGUUUGAAAUCAGUUCAGUUUUCCUCCAACUUGCCAACCAUUGCUUGACAAAAUUGUCUAAAUCGUUGCAUAGUUUGCAAAACUGUCCCAACCUCUGAUGCUGUCGGGUUUCCAAAUUGAGCUAUAAAGGACUAGUCUUAACUGCCAAGACAUCAUUGCACUAUGGAGGUGUGAGUGUGUAUGAGUGUGUAUGAGUGUGUGUGUACAGAGGAGGUGAUGCCUGUGUGUGGUGUCAAUGUAUGCACUGCCCACUCCCGCUCCCUUCACCCCCCACCCCCCCCAGUCUUCCACUAUUAGCCAAUUGAAGGACACCAUAACCCUGCCUGCCAUUGGUUAGGAUCAUUUUGUUUCCUGUUUUUAUUUUAUUUGUUAUCUAAAGAAAGAUGUAUUCUUUUAACUUAAUUAUGUAAUUAUUUGUGUUCCCAUUUUGUUGUGAUUUUUUUUGUUAAACCUGUUAUAAUUUAAGUUGGAUUGUUUUUAUUUGGCAGAUAAUGUAUGUAAGUAUGUAUGCAUGUAUGUGUUAGGCACUUGAGACCACUGUGACUGUGUUGUAUUUAAGAGAGAAGUCGUAUGUACAGAGCCUGUCAUUUUUAUUACUGGAA